CACUGUAUAACACUGGGAUACAGUACUGGUUGGGACAGGCUCUGACUGCUGCAGUACUUGUGAAGCUGUCAUGUCAACUCUGUCAAAUUAUGCACGUCGCAUGAUGCGUCUUAGUGCACAGAUCUUUCAGGACGUCGCUCGACCCACUGAUGACCGCUCAAGGAAGGUGAUAAAGCUGUUCAGCGAGCAACCACUGGCACUGGGGAAGGAGGUAUAUGACUGGUACCCACCGCACAACCAAUACUACAGCCUGGCGAAGAAGCUGCGACUCCUGGGUUUGUACAGAGAUGAGCAUGAAGAUUUCAAAGAGGAAAUGAGACGGCUCAGGAAGUUGCGAGGCAAAGGGAAGCCAAAGAAAGGAGAAGGGAAGCGAGCCUUGAAGAAAUAGAGGCAUGCCUGGUCAGGCUACCGGCUCACCCUCUCAAUGGUCACCUACACAUGGCUGCCUCUCCCAUCUGCCCCUUUCCUUUUGAGUAUUUUUAUUGAAAGAAGUGUCAAAUUUAAAUUGUCUUCUCCAUGUCCCCACCCUCAAACUUUUCCUUUUUUUCUCUCUCUCACUGGGAUCACAUUGGCUGUGCUAUCUGCAGUUCUCAAGGCAGCAAAGUUCCUGAUCAAGCCUUGGAUGUAAGGAAGCAAGCCAAGCCGAACGGCUCAUUCUCUCCCUGUCCCUGGUGGUUAGUUGGGUGCAGGUAUUAACCAAUAAAGAGAGUAGAAGCUGCCAGGUUCAAUCUCCUGAUCGGUGCUCAGGUAGUUUGACUUCACUCGAGGUACUAAAGUAACCUAGGGCACCCUUGCCUUGAGGCUGGGCUGGGCACAAAUCUGGCAGAGAUUAUGCCCCUGAUAAGUAACCAGAGAUCCAGUGACAGUGUUGGGUGGGGACAGAGUUGGGCUGGCUCUGAUGCCUGCUAUGGUCAAAUUGGCCCAGCAUUGUUCACUGCUCUGACUCCUUCGCGAUGAGCGACCAGUAAGGUGAGGAUAGCGACGCCUGUGGAGCCAGGACUCCAGGACAAGUAGACUGCUUUGGGAGAAGUUAAAGGAAAAUGAAUCAGGCUGCUUUCAGCCAGUGUCAGUGGCAACAAUUGAUCAAUGUGUCUGCAUGCCUGGGAUGGGUUGUGGACCGUGACAGUAACAAAAAUGAGAGAUUCCUGAGGAAGCACAAACUAAUUGUACCAGGACUACAGCAACUCUGAUCUGGUGUUUGGGCAGCUUUGGGAGGCAAGACAAAACUCUCAUUCCCCUGCUACCCAUUUCAUUGUCUGUGUCAUCCCCAUGCCAGCGACACUCUCACUGUGUCUCUCUCUCUUCAUAUAGUAUCCUGGUUAUCUGAGGGAUGCCAAUCAUGGCUCAAUGAUGCACGAUAUCAGAAUGGGGCAAGUAGAACAGACAAUCCCCAAGACCUACCUCAGCUGGUACAGGGAUUGAACCCUCACCUUGGGCGUAUUUAAGCACCACACUCCAAGCAUCUGAACUAACCGGCCCAGGCAUCAAUUCAGGCCAGUAAAUGGCAACCCCAUAUCCCCCUUCACCAUCAAGUAGACAAGGGAGAGAGAGCGGCAGGCUUGAUAUACUCGAAAAGAAUUGUGUGCUGUGCUUUUGAACUGAUAGAGCACCAGACAGCUUGUCAACCAAUCAUUGGGUUGAAUCGGAGGGUUUAACUAUCUCGAACUGUUCCAAGUGUUAUGACUGCACAGAUGGCCAGCCGAUUGAUGGGAGUUUGUAACCACCAUCCAAAGAUGUGGGUAUCAUUAACUGGUAGGCUGUCAGCCAGUGUGAUACAGUACUGUGAUCUGAUUGGAUGGUUGACCUCAGUACAAAUCCAUUUAAUAAAUGCUGAAAUGUG